CAGUAAUGAUGCAGCGUUAAUUAAGCUCAUUCCAGACUAAUUAGUCGUUAGCGCCUCCAAAUGUCAUCUGCAGUCUGCAUCGCGGCCAUUAGGCCAGCUUAUAAAUUGGGGGAAGUCGUUCGGUACCAAGACUGAAGAAGUGGAUCUUGUCGAAGACCGGAAAGACGAACAUGCAUGCUCGUGCAUUGUCCAUGGUGGUGGCCCUGUGGGCAGCAUGGCCCUCGGUGUCAUACGGACAGACAUCUAUCGGGGGGGAGUGUGAAGGAAAACUUGCAGACGUUGUCUUCAUCCUGGACACCUCCAGCAGCAUCCUCCCCGAAGAUUUUCGAAAGCAGAUCUCAUUCACAGAGAAUGUAGUCCGGAUGUUUGACCUCUCACCCGGAAAAACUCGCGUGGGCGUGACCCUCUUCAGCGAUGCCAUCUACCCGAAGCUGAGCAUGGGCCAAACUCUCGACAGGGCCUCCACCCUGAAGGCGAUCAAGGCAAUAACUUACAUAGGUGGCAGCACCAACACUGGUGACGCACUCAAAUAUGUCCUGGAAAAAGAGUUUCUGGCCUUUGGGCGACCUGGUGUCUCCAAGGUGGCGCUGGUCCUGACCGACGGCCAGUCCCAGAACCGCGAGAAGACGAUCGAGGCCGCACAAGCACUGCACGCCGCAGGGGUCGCGACCUUCGUCAUCGGCAUAGGAUCACAGGUCGACCAAUCGGAGCUCGCCAGCGUGGCCUCCACCCCGACAUCUAAGUACCUGAUACAGCUGACCGACUACAAUGCCCUCGAGUCCGUCAGACUGCAGCUAGCCUCCCUGACUUGCGAAGCUGAUUACAUCCCACCGCAAGGAGACGGAGCAGAGAACGAAGCACUGUGUGAAGUGCUGCUCCUGUCCGGAGUCGACGCCAGCACCAUGUCCACCACGGACCAGAACAAGGUGCUGUCCUUCAUCAGCGCCAUCACCGACACCCUCUCCUCCACCACGGCCUGGCGAAUCCGCACGGCGCAGAUCUUCAACGACUGUCCCGUAACCGGCGGCACUUCCGGCGGCAGAAACUACGCACCGCUCAUCAGGAAGCUGCGCUACCUCGUGCCCAACGACCGCAGCACCCCGCUGUCCAGCGCCGCCCUCCUCGUGCUGGAUUCCCCCGUGGCUGACGUCAUGCCCGCCAACCGAGAGGUCAUGCGCGCCAUGUUCAAGAAGGUCAACGUCAUCGUCGUGGGCGUCGGGGACGGCAACGACAGCAGCGGCAUCGCUAAGAUGCUGAGGGAGUCCCCGUCGUCCGAGAAGUUCCGCUCGAGGGUUUUUCUGGUUAACAACUACGACCAACUGGCAUCUGUGGUGCCGAACGUGGUGGCGGCUGUGACCCAGAAUGUGGUGUGCGCCUGAGGUAGAGACUGUCGUUUCCUCUUUGACCUGCUUACGUCACGCUUCGCCUCAUCGCCGUUAAAAUAUGCAAAAACAUUGCCAUGAGCUAUCUCCAGUCCACUGCCUCCACCCUCGGUGCAUCUGGGUUCAACCUGGUUGAACCGUUUUUUAUUUUUAAAAAAUUCCAAACGAGUAAUAAUCACUGUUAACCCCAAGCAGGCUACGAUGAAUACAAGGAUAUUAUUAACCCUUUUGGCUUUAUUUGGCUUAAUAGUUAAACAAAUAUUUUUUGCUCACUGUUAUCAAUUCGUCUUUGGUAAAACAUUUCUGACUUUCGGUUCCUUCAGCAUUUUCUAGAUGUGUCGAUGGCACCAACCAAUCAGUUGUAGUGGGGUUAAGAGGUGGGCUUUGCUUUCCACAUUCGUGCUUUAGACAUAAUAAACGACUUACAGCUCAUUGUUAUUCUGCUUAGGAUGUGAGACUUGUACAUUACAUAUAGCAAUGUUUGAGAUAUUGCUUUGCUUUUGCGUUUAAGGUUUUAAGUUCGAAAUUUGUUGUCUCGAUGCUGUUUCCAAAGAUUUACUACGAAUUUUCUUGUGCUUGUCAGGAAAUGAUGUAGAUAAAAAUGAGUUUUUA